ACGUUGAAGGAUAUUCCUGACGGCGACAUCCUCAUUCAUGCAGGAGAUUUUAUAAAACAUGGAACAUUUGACGAAGACACCUGUGUUCCAUGAUUGGGCAUUUCUUAAAAAGCGUGGCGAAGACAUCAACACCAUGUGGAAGAAAAUUCCUGCCAAUAUUGACAUAUUGAUUACCCAUGGUCCUCCUCUAGGCAGAGGUGACAAGACUUACACUCGAACUCAUGCUGGCUGUGUCAAUCUUCUUCGUAUUGUUCAAAAUCAUGUGAAGCCAAGAUACCAUAUCUUUGGGCAUAUACAUGAAGGUUAUGGAGUAUCAUCAGAUGGUACGACAACUUAUAUAAACGCCUCAACAUGUAAUCUUAUGUACAGACCAGUGAACAAACCUGUUGUGUUCGAUAUUGAAAUGAAGGACGGUGAUCAUGAAUAAAAAUUAUGGAUGCUUUUCCUCGAAACAAAUUAUAAAAUAAUAACGGUAAUAAAACGCGCGCGCUGAUUGGCCUACAGCUGGGUCUGCAUUGGCCUAUGUAAAAUCAUCUGAGCUCAAUCAAUUAAAUCAAUGAAAGAGAAUUUGCAAAACAAUCACGAAAACAUGUUGGAGAAAAAAUCAAAACGCUUGCUUCCAAUUCAUUUUUUCCCGUAUUAUUCUUAUUCUAUAAAAGAAAUAAAAGAUGUUUUUCUACUGUUUGCGCUGGUUUGCGCAAUUCUUGGAGAGGUUUGAGGAUUUUAGUAAAACCCUAAGAGAGAGACAACAUAAUGUUUCGUGAUAAAUAAAAAAUAGAAGUUUUUUGACGAAAUUUACUUUAAAACAUGAAAAUAUAUUUUUGAAGAAAAGCUGAGAACGACUUAUCGUAUACUUGCCACUACAGGAAAAAAAGCUUAAUUAAAAAAAUUUGAAGAGAAUUAGUUUUUCAUAAUAUUCAAUUUUUAAACAAUUAGUGAUCCAUCACUAGUCACAAUAAAACAUAUUUAUUUUCUUCCUUCUCUCUACCAAACAGUACAAAAACGUAUUAUUGUCAAAAUGUAUAAAUUAUUUGAAUUAGUAAUUCAGAGCAGUACAAAAUAAUGAAAUAUA